AUAUGUCACAACGAAAGGCGAUCGGAUAUAUCGGUCUUUUAUACUGAAGUGGGUGGAGCCUCAACUCCCAGAUUGCAGCGUGGCAGUGUUUGGUGUUGCAUUGAAAUAAGUACUUCCUGUUAGGCUAACAACGUUUCCGCGUUUUAUCGGUAUGUGAGCGCUUCGUUGCUUUUAACACAAAAAACGGUUGAAACGUACAACUUCAGCCUUGCAAUGAGACUGCCGUGGCGGGCAGUUCCUCCAACUAGGACAGCCUCCUCGGUCCCUGCGGGGAAACCGAACUUCGUCCCCGCCUGCAGCUCCACGGACGCCCCCUCCCUGGAGCUGCUGCGGGACUUCGUGGCCCGAGCCCGGCGAAUGUUCGUCAUCACCGGAGCGGGUCUCUCCACCGAGUCGGGCAUCCCGGACUACCGCUCGGAAGGGGUCGGGCUCUACGCACGCACGGACAGGCGACCCAUGCAGCACGCGGAGUUCACCCGCAGCGACAAGUCCCGCCAGCGGUACUGGGCCAGGAACUUUGUCGGGUGGCCGCAGUUCUCCUCCCACCAGCCGAACCGGGGGCACAGGGUGCUACGGAGCUGGGAGGACGGGGAGAAGCUGCACUGGCUGCUCACUCAGAAUGUGGAUUCUCUGCAUUCAAAAGCAGGACAGAAGCGGCUCACGGAGCUCCACGGCUGCUCCCACAGAGUGGUGUGCCUGGGUUGUGGCGACAUCACAGCGAGGGAGGACCUACAGAAACGAUUCAUCUCUCUAAACCCGGCGUGGAGAGUUCAGGCGGGCGCCGUGGCUCCGGACGGCGACGUCCUCCUAGAAGAGGAGCAGGUCCUCGGCUUCAGAGUCGCCCCSUGCGAGCGCUGUGGUGGGAUACUGAAGCCAGACGUUACGUUUUUCGGCGACACCGUCAACAGAGCGACGGUCCAGUUCGUCCACGACCGACUGGCAGAGUCAGACUCCGUGCUGGUUGUAGGAUCGUCCUUACAGGUGUACUCGGGAUAUAGGUUUUUACUGGCGGCGAGCGACAGAAAGAUGCCAGUGGCCAUUCUGAACAUCGGACCCACCAGAGCAGACCACCUGGCUGAGCUGAAAGUGAGCGGCCGCUGUGGUGACGUGCUGUCAGAACUUCAGCCUCUCUGACACUGCGAUGAAACCUCCAGGUGCACUGGAGGAUGUUUUCAGCAGGGCUUCUCAAGCCAUUUGGUCUGGGGACCCCUUAUAAGGGCAAAAAAACUUUCCAGGGACCCCCUCAUAAACCCCAUA